CCCACCCCAGGCUAGAAGGGACCUCCCUGAUGUGUCCCACCUGCUCUCCGCUGGGAAAAUGCACCGAGAUAAAUUGUCCAUCUUCGAAGGAGUCCUGCUUGCUUAGCCAGAAGUACCUCAGUGGGGGAUUGGAAAAUGGGGCUCUCAUUAGGAAUGGAUCAUGUGUGGCAGCUGAGGAGUGCCCAAAAGGUGUCUACAUGCUGACCUUUGGCCCCUAUUCCUGGCUCAGCAAGGGAUGCUGUGAAAGCAACUGCAGCAAAGCUUUUCACCAAGGGGCAGAGACCGAGGCCCAGCCCAAUGGGGUGAAGUGCCCCUACUGCUCUGGGAAUGAGUCGGCUCCCUGUGGCUCCGGUUUGGUCUUGAACUGCACCGGGAAGCAGACUGUGUGCGCCAUCCUCAAUGGGACAUGGAGUGGAGGUGAUCACCAAACUCUGAAGGGCUGUGCUACCCCAGAGAUCUGCCACUUGCCAGAAAACACCAUCCUGGGCCCGGUAGCUUCUGGAUUUCAUCUCAGCACCCAGCCUGAAUGCAGCAUUGUGGCUCCUUCCGCCCAGCCAGGUUAUCUUGCACCUCACACCGAGGCAACUGAGAACCACGAGGCUACUAGGUCCCACACUGGGGCAACUGAGUCCCACACCAGGGCAACAGUGACUCACUCCAAUACAACCAAGACACACAACCAGGCCAGCAUCACCAGCUGUUUCACCUGCUCAGACCCCUACCACUGCGUCCCUCUCCACUGCCCAGAAGAUAAGAACUACUGCCUUCAGAACACCGGCAUCACGGUCUUAGGUGAACAGUCCCGUGUUUCCUGGAGAAAUGGUUCCUGCGUGGCCUCUCGUGACUGCAAAUUUGAAAACUCCAUCUCUGCCUUCACCAAUGGAUUUGGCGAUGGCUUCUGGGUCAGCACCACCUGUUGCCGAGGCCACUGCCAGGCCCCUAUUCUUUUUGAAGCUUUGCCAGCCUCAAAGUCCCUGAGCAGGUUCUUGUGUCCUACGUGUCCUGGCAACUCCUCUGGACCCUGCAAUUCCUCCUUGUACUUGCAUUGUCCCCGUGUGGAGACUGAAUGUAUCCAGCUGGACCUGGUGCAUGAAGGAGGCGGGAACCUGACCCUGCGCGGCUGCGGCUCCCGCGACCUGUGCGGCGGCGCCCGGGCGCGAACCCCGAGGCUCCCGGAGCUCCCCGCGCCCUACCGCCUCGCCCGCCCGCCCCGCUGCAGCGCCAGCCGCCGCGUCCUCUUGCGCUCCAAGGGGCAUUCGGUCGUGUCCCGGGGCCUCCCCCUUACCCUGCGGGUGCUGGCGCUCGCCCUGGCCACCAGGACGCUCUUCUGA